AUGGAUUUGACUGUGGAAGGACACUUGCUAAAAACAAAAGAAUUGCUGCAUUUUACUGACACUCGUCAUCAAAUAAAGCCCUAUCAAAUGUGACAUAACAAGCAUGGAAUAACACUGUACCAUCUGCAGAACAAUUUAGUCAACAAAAAUAACCAAGCACACAAACCUUAAAUCAAAAUGAGCAGUCCUGGAUUUGGACUAAAGAUCGGCUUGGACACCUGGCUGAAAACACUAGGAUUAGAAGAGUAUAUCGAGACUUUUAAAGAAUUUGAUAGUUUACAGGAGGUGCUACCAUUGACGGAAAAACAACUUAAGGAGCUAGGAAUCAACAAUGGCGCUGCACGAGCCAAGAUGGUGUCAAGUUUGAAUAUACUCAAUGAAAAACUCAAAAAACGGGACACCAUGAGGCAGUCUACCGCUUUAGCAAGUCACAAUUCUGACUAUGACUUCAGGAAUAUAUCACAGGACAAACUUCGGAAAGACCUCGGAACAGAACUUUCUAUGGAUAGUUCCCAUAUGUGCAGUUUUGCUUGGUUCCAUGGAAGCAUACCCCGACAAAAGGCAGAAAAUUUACUUCAAAAACAGGGUGAUUUUUUAAUCCGAGAAAGUAGCUCAAACCCUGGAGAUUAUGUAUUAACUUGUAAAUGGCAGGGAAAUAAGCUCCACUUUAUGGUGAAUAAACAAGUUUAUAAUAUUAAUACACCAUAUAUGUCAGUGCAAUAUCAGUUUGAGGAUGAUUUAUUUGAUUCAGUUCCUGCCUUGAUAAAUUUCUAUGUUGCAAAUAGGAAAAUUGUGUCUUCAUCAUCUGGUGCUAUAAUUGCUCAACCUCUGAACAGAUCAGUACCAUUGAGUUACUAUGAUAAAAACUAUGCAUCUCUAUGCAGUGAAGAAGCUGGAGGAAAUUAUUCCACUCUAAAAAAUAGUCCUAAAAGUAGUCCCCAUAGAACCCCUACUAGUACUCCCCCUAUGAACAGAAAGAUACCUACACGGUCAGGAAGUCAGCCAUUAUUAAGUAUUGAUGAGGAUUUUCAAAAUCGUCAUAUGUCUCGUCAUGGUAGCUUGCCUAUGAUUAGUCAACAGCAAACUUCUUCUGAAAAUUCUAAUUCCAACAACCAAUCAAAAUCAUUGACACAUCAUUAUAGAUCUGGAAGUGAACCCAAUCUUAACCCAGGAACAAUGGGGAUGAAUAUUGUCAAUAAACCUGUAUCAAACUUGAAAACCACAAACUGUGGAUCUGAUAGUGAACUUACAAAGCCAGCUCCUCCCAAACCUAGUCGAGUACCAUCUAUUAAAAUUACAGCAACCAGGCCUAGAGUACAAGUCAGGAAUAAGGCUCUGUAUGAUAUUGAAUAUGAGCAGCAGGAUUAUACACAAUAUGAAAGUGUGAAAACUUUCCCAAAAGAUUUAACACCAUCUAAGGCAGCACCAUUAUCCAAAACUUACAAACAACCAUCAGAGCCCCCUGGUGAGAGUGAUUAUGAUAACAACUUUGGGGCAAAAAUUGAAUAUGAAGACGAAACAGAUGAUUAUGAUGUUCCAAAAUCACCAAAUAAAAUCAUAAUAACUGAAAGCAAAAUGUCUGUAAAAGAUCUGGAGAGACAAGAUAGUGGGAUGGAUUAUGAUGAGAUUGACGAAGAGGAUAUUUAUGAUACCCCUCCUUCCCCUAAGUUUACUAUUCCUAGUCUGAAGUCACCAUCCAAGCUCCAACUAUCAACAUUCAAGAGUACAUUGUUACCACCUAACAAUAAACCUCUAGAGGGACCCGUUCUACUAAAGACCAGGCAAAUGCUGUUGAGUAAAUCUCCUGGAGUUCUGUCUGGCCAUAUAACAUACCAGGAUUCCCAUCUGCUAAGCCUGUGGGGUGAGGAUCUAGGCGUGGGGGUCAGAUCAGGACUUGAACUAUUCACUCUACCCCAAGGCAGCCAACUUCGAGUUGACAUAAUUGAAAGGCACAAUUGUCUAAAGCUGUUUGUGACCGUGACUAUAUUAAUGGCCAGCAAUCUUGAGGAGCGAGUACAGAUAUUGAAGCAGUGGAUAGAUGUCGCCACCCAUCUUCACUCAGCAGAUGGCAAUUUGUUUGCAUUUACUUCUGUUCUGGAAGCUCUUGGUUUAAUUCCAAUCACAAGACUCAGGAGGACGUGGCAGAAAUUCCAAGAGCGUCAUCCAAAAUCAUCUGCAACAUUUCAAAAUCACCUUCUCCCAGCUUAUGUCUCUAACAAUCAGGGGGUAAGCUCUACAGCCCUUCAGAACACAAGCGUUCCUCAUAUAUUGCCCCUAGCGCAACUCCUGGAGCGUAUCCUUGACCCCAAACUACCAUUGUUACCAUGGGAACAGCAAAAUGAAAAUUAUGGGAUAGAUGUCCUCCUCGCCCAUCUCAAUGGUGCUAGAUCAAUCACUGAACAUUGUGGACUCUACAAAAUUAAAUCAGCACUAGUUAUUAACAGUCUGGAGAAUGAUCAGUCCCUACUUGAUAUCUUUGAUGCAAAUUUUCACCUGAAGUUUUUAUGGGGCUCUAAAGGUGCAAGCGUAAAUGCCAAAGAUAGAUAUGCAAAGUUUGAUCAGCUUUUAACUGUACUAUCUGAGAGAGCUGAACAAAGCCAGGCUCAAGGGCCUAACCAGGAAACGGCAUUUUAGGAAAGCUUUUGCACCAUUCAUAGGUUUCAGUGACAUUUUCACUCAGGAAGAGGUUGGGUUUUUGACAAAAGAAAAAUUAGGCUGUCAAAUUCCAAACUCAGCAAGUCAAUUUCUGAACCCAAUAAUAGCUGGUUAAAUAUAGGCAUAUUUUUGACUACUGAGAAAAUGCAUUUCAACUCCUGGUAUGAAGUACUUUGUCAAAAUCCCACUGGACCCUCACUCUGGGACAAUACUGUGUAUCAAAUUCCUGGCCCCUGCCUGGGGGAGGUCUCAUGCAAACCUUUAAAUGGUGCAUUACAAAAAUGAUUCUUUUUUUUCUCAAAAAUAUUUGAGAGAUGAUUUGUAAAAUUCAAUUGUAUUGUUUGAUAUUGCUGUAAGACAGUGUAUAAGAGUAACAUUCUGAAGGCAACUGAAGUCAGGACUUUUGUAGAAUAUUUUGUAGAAGCAGGCACCUCGGUGAUGUUCCCUGUAAUGACCAACCACAGUAAAACCUGUCUUAGUGAA